AUUGUUUGUGCUUCACUAACCACAUCGUCUGAUUCGUCUUAUGUGCAGUCGGUAUAUGGGGAUAUGUUUUAAUAUACAGCGAAACGUUUGGUAUCACGCGUUACUUAGCUACCUCUCCCCAUGUGUAAUACACAGGGAAUGUUAAUCCAUGUGUCUUAUACAUGCAACGAACAGCUGAAGACUGUAAAGGUUCUUGUUUUGCUCCGACCCUCUGCAUUCUUAUGACGAUGAACAUGAACUGGCAUUCUGCCUGAUUUCAUGAGCUUGCUCAGAGAUAUACAUCACUAAAUCGCUUUAAAUCAUAUAGAAGCCAGUCAUGAUUCUGAUACAUCUCCUAGAAGGAAAAGCUUUUGUGUGGAAUGCUGAAGAUGCCAAAGAGAUUAGAGAGCAGCAUUGUAUAGUUGGGAAUCUUGUCGGAGCCCUGGUGAGAAAACCCAGACAGAAUACGCGGCUUGGCUUGCCACUGCAGCUUCUGCCUGAGGAAACACGCUUACUGGUAGAAAUUGGUGCGGCCAAGCUUGUACACAGCUGCUCAGAUGAAAAAAUAACCCAAGAGGAGCAUGACAUCCCCAUGGUACGAAUACUGCCUAGCCUGGGUUCUUGCUCUGAAUCCGAAGAUAAAGAAUGUUUAAGAUCACAGAUUGAAGCCUACAAUCAGCAUCUCGAGGAAAGUUACAAAGAGCAGUGCCGACUGGCCCUCCAAGAGAAAAGGCGGACAUUGGAAUCCUUGGCCGAUCGUAUUGCAGAGGGUCGGACAAAGAGGAAACGUCAGCGGGGCAAGCAGGCGGAAGAGAUGUCAUCUACUGCUAAAGGGCCAAUAAAAGAGCUUCAGAACUUGGAGGAGAAUUUCCAUUUCCCCCAAGAAGCAAUGAUGGUCCAGAUUUCCACAGCUCGAACGACUCCUGGAAAAGUAGAGGAGGUGGAUUUGAACCUUGCUUCUACAGAAUGGCCAUAUGCUGGGCAGGAGACGCAUGAGUUGCACUACAAAGUUUUCAGGGAUCUUUGGCAAAGGGGUUACUUUCUUACAAGCGGCAGCAAAUUCGGAGGAGAUUAUCUUGUUUAUCCAGGAGACCCCAUGCGGUUUCAUGCACAUUAUAUUGCCAUCUGCUUUCCAAACAACAAGGAGAUCCCGCUGACUGACAUCAUCACUGCGGGACGCUUGGGCACCAAUGUCAAGAAAACAAUAUUGAUUUGUUCAACAAAUCAAGAAGGCCUAGUGAAUUACACAUCUUUACAGUGGUCAGGAUUACAGUAAAAUAAAAAUUAUACAUAAAAAUGCUACGUGUUUUCUCUGCAAAUUUGAUAUUACUUUUGCCAGAUAUGUUCCUCAGUUGCUUUACAGAGCAGAAUGCAAUAUCCUCUUGGACUUGUUAAAAAUGAAAUUUUAUUUGUCAAAUUAAAUACUCAAAUUUAAUUUUAUGGGAAGAGGAAAUAAAGUUAGAACCUGUUGUAUUGCCUGUUUGGGAGCUAUGUUCAUCUUAAAUUUCCACACCAUUUGUUUGUACAAAAUACUGCUGCAAUGCAACACCUUUAUUUUUUUUCCUUCUGCCUUGCAUCAUGAAAAUAAAUAUUGAGGUUGAAAUUAAA